CUUAGCAUCAUUCAUCUUUCUUCCUUCCCCAAACACUUUCCCGCAUUUUCUCGCCCAGAUUUUCUCUGAUUCUUUUGUCUUUUUUCUCUGAUGGGGAGAGAUGAAACUGAGACGUACAUUACAGUGCCUAGUUUCUUCAAAUGUCCUAUAUCUCUAGACGUUAUGAGAUCUCCGGUUAGUCUCUGUACCGGCGUGACUUAUGAUCGAGCCAGUAUUCAGAGAUGGCUCGAUGGUGGUAACAACACUUGUCCCGCUACUAUGCAACUUCUCAAAACUAAGGAUUUUGUUCCUAACCUCACUCUUCAACGUCUUAUCAAUAUCUGGUCUGAUUCCAUCGGCCGUUACAACACCGCUGGUUCUCCGCCGCCGUCUGAUAGAGAAGUUCCGACGAUUGAAGAAGUGAAUGUGUUGUUGAAGAGAUUGAUGAGUCAAGAGAAAGACGAUGAGAUUUUGAAGAGGAUCGUUCGAUUCGUGAAGGAUUCGGAUUCGAACAGAGAGUUUCUCUCGAAGAAGAAGGAGUUUGUACCAAUGCUCGUUGAUAUUAUACGCACGAAGAAGAUCGAGUUAGUUCUAAUGGCGAUUAGGAUUUUGGAUACGGUUAAAGGAGAUCGUGAACGGUUAUCGAAUCUGAUGUUGGCGAAUGACGACGGAGAUUGUUUAACGGCGAUUCUCUUAGCGAUUCAACGCGGGAAUCUGGAAUCGAAGAUUGAAUCCGUUAGAGUUUUGGAUUGGAUCUCAUUCGACGCUAAAUCGAAGCUCUUAAUCGCAGAACGUGACGGGAUUUUAACAGAAAUGAUCAAAUCAAUCAGUAUCACUGAGUCAGAUCCGAGUUUGAUCGAAGCGAGUUUAUCGUUUCUAAUCACAAUCUCAAAAUCCAAACGAGUGAGAUCGAAACUAAUCGCCGCGAAAACAAUCACGAAGAUCAAAGACAUUCUUAUGACGGAGACAUUAACAAACGUCGCCGUGACGGAGAAGUCUCUGAAGCUGUUAGAGACAUUGUCGUCGAAACGAGAAGGGAGAUUGGAGAUUUGCGGAGAAGACAAUGGAAGAUGUGUGGAAGGAGUGGUGAAGAAGCUGUUGAAAGUAUCGACGACGGCGACGGAACACGCCGUGACGAUUCUGUGGUGUUUGUGUUAUGUUUUCAGAGAAGAUAAGACGGCGGAGGAGACGGUGGAGAGAAGUAACGGAGUGACGAAACUAUUAGUGGUGAUACAGAGCAACUGCUCGGCGAUGGUGAGACAAAUGGCGAAAGAUUUGAUUAAAGUGUUGAAGAUUAAUUCAUCUGCUUCUUCUGCUUUGUCUGCUUACGAGACCAAGACUACUCAUAUUAUGCCUUUUUGAUUAUUUUUAUCAUAAAUAAAAUGAUACAAGUAAU